AUGGAAAGUGAUAUAAAUAAUAGACGAAAAAGGAGAUCUAUAGAAUUAAAGGAAUAUCAAUCAAAACGAUCAAGAGGGAAAGAAAAUGUUUGUAACUUUGCAGAAGAGUCUAAAACAGGUAAAAUAAAGAAAAUUCUAAUACGAAAUUUCAUGUGUCACGAUGCCUUGGAAGUAACAUUAAAUCCAAAUGUAAAUUUUAUUAUUGGUCGUAAUGGAAGUGGUAAAAGUGCAAUAUUAACUGCUUUAACAGUUGGUCUUGGUGCUAGGGCAAAUGUUACUAGUCGUGGGACAUCAGUAAAAAAUUUCAUAAAAAAAGGAAAAAAUACAGCAUCUAUUGAGGUAACUUUACUUAAUAAAGGACCUAUGGCUUAUAAAUCUGAUGUUUAUGGCGAUUCAAUAACAGUUUUUCGAAGUAUUGGAACUACAUCAUCAUAUAAAUUGAAAAAUUGGAAAGGAGAAGUAGUUUCAACAAAACGAGAUGAACUGACUAAUAUAUUGAGAGCAAUGAAUAUUCAAAUAGAUAAUCCUAUUUCAAUAUUAAAUCAAGACAUAUCAAGAACAUUUUUAGUAUCAUCCAAGCCAGAAGAAAAAUAUGAACUGUUUAUGAAAGCAACAUUACUGGAUGUAAUUGGUAAUAAUUAUAAGGAAGCUGAAUUAAUAUGUGAACAAGAAUAUGAAAAAUUGAAACAGUAUAACGAAACAUUAUUAGAAGCAAGGGAAGAGAUAGAGCAACUGAAACUAAAUAUAAAACAGGCAGAAGGAAUAGAUAAAUUUCGUGAUGAAGCAGUUAAUCUUGAAAUGGAGUUACUCUGGGCAGUUGCUAUAGUAGAAGAGGCAAAAUUAAGAAAGGUUGAAGAUGUUUUCAAAAAAUGCGAAGAUGAUUUGAAACAACUUCAAGACACAGAAUCAUUUGCAGAAUCAAAGGAUGAAGAAAGAAAUAAAAAAAUUCAACAACUAGAAGAAGAAAUUAAAUCUGUAGGAGAAGAAAUUAAUGAUAAUUCUAAAAUAUAUAAUAAUAUAAAACAAGAAUAUAGUAUACAUAAAAAUGAACAUUCAGUUAAAGUACGAGAGUGCCAUUCUACACAAAGUAAAAUUAAAAGAUUGGAAGAUGAUAUUAUUACGCUUCGAAAGGAAAUACAACGAUUAGAAAGUGGUGAUGCAAAACAAAGUCAAAGAAAUCAAAUAAAACAACAAUUGGCUGAUUUGGAACAAAAAUUAGAUGAAACUGAAGCAUUAUUACGGACUAAACAAACUUAUCAGAUGCAUUUAGAAACCGAUAAAAUGCGUCUUUUGAAGGAAAUUCAAGCUUCAAAGAUUGAAAUUAAUAGUUGUGAAAAACGUAUAGAGAAAAUUAAGUUAGAUUUAAAUAUGAGAAAAAAAUAUUCGGACAAUGCGUUAACUGUAUUUGGUCGAAAUAUACCUCGUCUUUUGAGAAGAAUUGAAGAAGAAUAUAGCAAUGGACAUUUCAAAGAAAAACCACGAGGACCAUUAGGAGCGUACAUAAAAGUAAAAGAUCCAGCAUGGAUUCCUGCUGUUGAACACUAUUUGGGAGCAAGUACUUUUAGUACGUUUUGCGUAGAUAAUAGUCAUGAUGCUAAAGUAUUGAAUGCAAUUAUGAGGGAAAUCUAUUUAAAUGAAAGAACUCCACAGAUCAUAUGCAGUAAAUUUUAUAAUGUUAUUCAUGAUGUUCGUGCUCAUUGUGUCAAUUCAUCACGUUAUUCUAAUCUUUUGGACGCAAUGGAUAUAUCAGAUCCCAUUGUUGCUAAUUGUUUAAUCGAUCAACGUGAAGUUGAAUGCGUUUUACUAAUUCCAACUAGUAAAGAAGCAGCUGAAAUCAUGUCUGAUGGUACCAAAGUUCCACGAAACUGUAAAAGAACGUUCACUCAACACGGUGAUACGUUUUUUCCAGAUCCACACUACAGAAGUUAUGGUGGUCCACGAGGCUUGAAAGCUAAAUUUCUUCAAGUUUCUGUUACAGAUGCUAUUAAUGCACUGGAAGAAGAGAUUCGUGUUAUAGAAAAUGAAAAAUGUAAUAUCAUAAAAUCAUAUAGAAUAACUUGUGAAAAAGAAAAACGCAUGAGUUCUGAAUUAAGUUCUGUUAGUGCAAAGGUCACAAAACUUCAUGCUAUUCAAAAUCAAUAUAAAGCAUCAAUUAGUGAUUUAAAAGAUGAAAUUGAAGCUAAUGAAGCUAUAUCUGUGACUGUGUUUAAAAAUGAAUUAAGCGAGUUAGAAAAAAAAUUACAUCAAGAAAAAUAUGAAGAAUCAAGUUUAAAUGGCAGUGUCCUCGAACUUCAAAGAAAAGUUGAAUAUUUAGAGGAAGAAGUUAAACGCCAUAGAGAAUUAAGACAAAGUCUAGAUUCAAAAAUUAAUCUUUUAAAGGAAAGUAUAAAAGAAUUGCAAAAUGAAAAAGAAGAGAUGCAUGCAAAGGCUCGACGUGCUGCAAAAAAACUGCAAACAGUACACCAAACUUUACAGAAUGCAACAGCAGAGCUUGAACAACAACGAAGAUGUACUGAAAAAGCAGUAUGUAAUGCUAGGAAUCGUUGUGAUAGAAUAGAUAUGACAAGAUCAGUUAAUGAACUUGAAAGAUUAUUUAAAGAUCUAAAACAUAAAAUUUAUGAAAUAGAACGACAGUUUGGUACUAUUGAAGAAUUACAUAGGGAAUUAAAAGAAAAGGAAGCAAAAUGUGGAAAAAAUAUAAAUUUGAUUUCCAAAAUUGAAAAGAAUUAUCAAUUACAUCUAAAACGACUACAAACUCGGAAAGAGUUAUUUUUGGACAUGAAACAUAUGUAUGGAAAUAAUAUUCAAAAUUCAUUUUCAAACGUGCUCGCUUUGCGAAAUAAAAAAGGUGUUAUAAAUAUUGAUCACGCACGAAGAGUACUUGAACUUGAAGUACAUUCAAGUGACAGUAGUAAAUCAAUCAAUGAUGCAAGAUCAUUAUCAGGUGGUGAAAGGUCGUAUUCGACCGUUGCUUUUAUCUUAGCUCUUUGGGAUUGUACUGGUUUACCUUUUUAUUUUCUUGAUGAAUUUGACGUAUUUAUGGACAAGGUAAAUCGUCGGAUCAUAAUGGAUAUUCUUUUGGAUCAUACUAAAACGCAUCCACAAAGUCAAUUUACAUUUUUAACUCCUUUAGAUACAUCUAAUGUCCUCGCAGAAGAUUAUGUAACUAUUCAUAAGUUAGCCCCACCAGAAAGAGGAAAUCAAGAGUAAAAAGUAUAAUACAAACUAAUACUU